UUCUGUACAGGUUAGAUUUAACGAUGACUUUUUCGUUCAGUUUUUCAGAGGCUUUCUUGCAUGGGUUUUUUUUAUGUAAACAAAUAUCAUAUGAUUGUGACAUUUCAAAUUGUUCAAAAGUGCCGCGAGUUCAAUUAUAUUUCUCUUUGCACCUUUCCAAAAUGUUUGUGCCUCUUGCAAUAAAUACGGUGCUCUCCGUGAUUGCACUUGUUGUAACAAAUCGCCUAAUACCCAGACUCAAGGAUAUGUUUAUACAAGCAAACGUCUUUGGGAUAGACAUGAGUAAAAAGGAAAAAAUCAAAAUCCCGGAAUCUAUGGGUGUUGUUACAGCAUCAAUGUUCCUUGUGGUGUCAUUCCUUUUCAUCCCAGUUCCUUUCAUGGAACCAAUUCUGGGGACAUCAAAGGCAGCCCAUUUUCCGCACAAUGAAUUUGUUGAGCUCAUUUCGGCACUCUUGUCGAUCUGCUGCAUGAUUCUUCUUGGCUUUGCGGAUGAUGUUCUAGAUCUAAGGUGGAGGAUAAAGCUUCUUCUACCCACAUUUGCAUCCCUGCCCCUUCUUAUGGUAUAUUAUGUCAAUUUCAAUUCAACCACCGUCAUUAUGCCCAACAUUGUGCGUCCCUUUGUUGGGGACUCCCUGGACAUUGGAUUUCUAUAUUACAUCUACAUGGGAAUGCUAGCUGUCUUCUGCACCAAUGCUAUCAAUAUUCUGGCAGGAAUAAAUGGCCUCGAAGUUGGGCAAUCACUCAUCAUUGCAGUCUCAAUUGUAAUAUUCAAUUGCUUGGAGAUAUUCAUGGGAAGAUCAGAUAAGGGACAUUCAUUUUCUCUCUUCAUGCUCCUACCCUACAUUGGUACAACAUACGCUCUCUGGCUGCACAAUAAAUAUCCAUCGAAAGUCUUCGUAGGCGACACAUUUUGCUACUUUUCCGGAAUGACGUUUGCAGUUGUGGGCAUUUUGGGGCACUUCAGUAAAACCGUCUUGCUGUUCUUCAUCCCCCAAGUCAUCAAUUUCCUAUAUUCCGUACCACAGCUUUUUCACUUUAUCCCAUGCCCACGACAUCGUCUACCAAAGUACAAUUCUACAACGGAUAAAUUGGACGUGAGUGAGACACAAUUCUGCUACAACCAACUCCAUCCAUUCGGGAAGGUAGCUGUGAACAUUUUCAAGCAUUUGCGAUUGAUAAAGUGGGAGGUGGCAAAUGAUGGUGUUGUGCGUACCAAUAAUUUUACCCUGAUUAAUUUUGUCAUCCUUAAAUGUGGACCAAUGCGUGAAGAUCGUGUGACGUGGAUUCUCAUGGGUUUUCAAGUUGUUUGCACAUGUGUGGCCUUUAUGAUACGCUACCCCCUUGCGGGGUAUUUCUACAAAUACUGACUUUCUAGGCAGCGAGUUUAUUUCAAUUUAGAAAAAAAAAUAAAAUACAGAGCCAAAGAUUUGUAGAUCUGAAUCUUUUUUUUAUACUUUAUUUUAUUAUUUUUAAUAAUGUAGUUUAUUAGCGCAGAGAAGGAGUUGAAAAUGCAUACUCACUGUGCCGAAUAAUGAAAAAAUCACUAUCUUUUUUUUUAACUUUACUGCAAAUCUUCUCCUAUGGUGAAUUCAUAUUGGAUUUUCUUCAAUUUUGCAAUAAGAUCUUCAACACUCAAUUCGCCAUGAACCUUGUUAUCACGUGUACGAAUAUUAACUGUGUUGGAAGUCUUCUCCUUUUCUCCAACAACGAGAAUAAAGUUGAAUUGCGCCAAUUGAGCA